AGCGUUCGAACUUUGCACGACAAGAGCCAAACGGAAAGCCCCAUAUUCGACUCCCUCCUUCCCUCCUCGACGACGCGAGCUCUUCUCGAGUUCUCGUCGCAGCUUCGGAACUUGUUCAAUCUCAGAAAGAAAUUUGGACCACCUGCUGUGUAUCUCGUCGUAUGGGAAUUUCCUUUACCUGCCCAUUGGCGGACUUUGCCGACGUGGAAAAUGGUGUCCAGUCCAUUAUCUUCAAAUCCAUAGCAUUUGGAGACGAUGAAGUCAAGACUCCGGCUCGUUCCAUCAGUUUCAAUAUUCAACGUUCAGGGCCGACGAUAGCUAAGCCAUUAGGCCCUGGGGUGAUGGCACUCGAGCGUGCCGUUCGCUUGGAAGAGUGGGAUUCGGAGACGGUAAUUUCAAUCGAGUCUCGUACUCCGAUAUCGAAUGAAGAGAAGCAAGUGCCCGCCAUGUCAGUUGGCCCAAAAUCUGAUGGUGGGAACGAUCAGAUCCCGAGGUCUGUUGGGAUGGCUCAGGGAUGGUCUGUUUUGGACCCAAACAAUCCGAAACAUGAGGCAGCUGUGAAAUUACAGAAAGUUUACAAAAGCUUCCGCACUAGAAGGAAGCUGGCAGACUGCGCGGUACUCGUUAAGCAGAGCUGGUGGAAGCUUUUGGAUUUUGCUGAGCUCAAGCAUAGCUCUAUAUCAUUCUUCGAUGACGGGAAACACGAGACUGCCAUUUCACGUUGGUCGAGAGCAAGAACUAGAGCUGCCAAGGUUGGGAAAGGUUUGUCGAAGAACGAUAAGGCUCAGAAACUUGCAUUACAGCACUGGCUUGAAGCAAUUGAUCCACGUCAUCGUUAUGGGCAUAAUCUUCACUUCUAUUAUGGCAAAUGGCUUCAUAGUCAGAGCAGAGAACCCUUCUUUUACUGGUUGGAUAUAGGAGAAGGCAAAGAAGUAAAUCUCGAGAAAUGCCCCAGACCAAAGCUUCAACAGCAAUGUAUCAAGUACCUUGGCCCGAUGGAAAGGAAGGCCUAUGAAGUUGUCAUCGAAGAUGGGAAGCUCUUUUACAAGCAGAGUGGCGAGCCGAUCCACACCGCCGGUGAACCCAAGGAUGGGAAGUGGAUUUUCGUCCUGAGCACAUCGAGAGUAAUGUAUGUCGGUAAAAAGAAGAAAGGUUCGUUCCAGCAUUCCAGUUUCUUGGCUGGAGGGGCCGCAGCAGCUGCAGGGAGACUAGUUGUCGAACACGGUGUACUAAAGGCAGUUUGGCCUCACAGUGGCCAUUAUCGGCCCACCAAGGAAAAUUUCGAGGAUUUCGUCUCCUUUCUCCAGGAGAACGACGUGGACCUCUCUGAUGUAAAGUUGAGUCCAGUGGAUGAGGAAGACACGACGCCUAACAGGAGAAGCAGUUUUUACCUACGAAGCAACCCAUCGGAAGAGGAUUUAAUGCAAAAGGCGGAUGUCUCAGAGAUUGAUGCUUCGACCUUGACCGAAGUAGAAACAGAUCCACUGCACAAAGAGAGUGGUGAAUCUUCAGAACUGGAGUUGCGUAAGCCAAGGCACCUACAAAGCUUCGCUAGGAAAUUGACCAGCCUCGAAGUACCAAAAGGGCGUCAGUCAUUCGAAGACCUAGAGAGUGAGAAUGUAGACGGUUAUGAAACAACAGAAGAGCCCUUUGAUUCUGAACCCAUUUCCAUUGUUCCGAAACCUAACUCGUUUGACAAACUCGGAGAGAGGGGAGUCGAAACUACACCCGAAGAAUCGAUUGUCCAAAGGGUUAACUCUCAUAAAGAAUCAAAGUCGUCUCGGCAAGUAAAGCAAUUGUCUUUCAAAUGGACGACAGGAGCAGGGCCCCGCAUCGGUUACAUGAGGGACUAUCCCCUGGCGCUGCAGGCUCGAGCUCUAGAACAUGUGAACUUGUCUCCAAGGUGUGCAGGAUUUUCAAGGUCAUAUUUCUCUCCGCAAAGCGCUAGUGCAGGUACACCGAAUAAAUUGAGGUGGCCUUCUCUAGUGCCAGGACUAAACUCAGGCUCAUCGGAACACGACAGUGCUUCUUUUCCUAACAUCGGUGUUCUAGAUUCUGCAGUGAAGUCCUCACCUCUGAAAAGGAAAGCAUCAGCCCUGUCCCCUGGGGCCUAAGUAGAGGAAUUUUUUUAUCGACUUUAUUCUUUUUUGUGUCAAUAGAUAAUCGAUUCUUGAUACUUACUUGAAGAAGAGAAAUUACAGCAAAGAAACUAGGAGGGAAGACUAGAACUUAGAGGAAUUCCUUCUCAUUUUUUUAUUGAGAACAAAUCUUUUCGAGUUCAUCUUUGCACAUAAGAUGUACAUUGUAGAACCCAGAGGUUUUUUGGCCCUCACCAAAUGCAAAUCAAUUUUUGUCUCU